AUUGCAACAAGUUAUCAUUUGUUAUUUUCGACAAACAUUCGAUUACUUUUCUUGAAAAUCGAAAACAUCAAGGAUAACCUCUGACUGCUAUUGGCUGGCUAACCGCGCGUCCUCUGUAAUUUUUCACCGGAACACCAUUCGAAAUUUUAAGGUUAUACUAUAAUUUAUGGACGAACCAUUCAGGCAAACAAUAACAAGUUUUGGAUUGUGGCGUGAAAUUCAUUCAUCCAUCUGGCGAAAUACGGUUUACGCAUUAUAGCUGAUCUAACUUUGUGAUGAAAACUCUAAAUCUUGUUCCUAACCCUAACUGUCAACUGUACUACUGUUGACUUAUCUAUAGUAAGGUAUCGAUUAUAAUGGAAGCUUUCCUCACUGGAUUCAAACAAAAGCCCCAAGAUAGCAAGCGACGCAUAAAAAGUCAGAAGCAUAUCCCUUGGGUUGAAAAAUAUCGACCAAAGACAAUAGGUGAAGUAGCUUAUCAAACAGAAGUCGUUAGCGUUCUUCAAAGGUGUAUUGAAGGGUCUGAUUUGCCAAAUUUAUUGUUUUAUGGACCGCCGGGAACUGGAAAGACGUCUUUAAUUCUGGCCUUAGCUCGUCAACUUUUUGGCCCUUUGUAUUCGGAACGUGUUUUAGAAUUGAAUGCGAGCGACGAACGCGGGAUCAGUGUUAUUCGAGAAAAAGUGAAGGCUUUUGCUCACAUUGCUGUUAGUAGUAGUACUAAUAGCUCUGGUUCAAGUUCAACUAAUAUACCACCAUAUAAAUUAAUAAUCUUAGAUGAAGCUGAUUCUAUGACAGCACCUGCACAAGCUGCUCUACGUCGUACAAUGGAGACUGAAAUGAGAACUACACGAUUUUGUUUAACUUGUAAUUAUGUUACACGAAUUAUUGAACCAAUCACAAGUCGAUGUGCAAAGUUUAGAUUUCGUCCAUUGGAUAAUGAAAUUGCACGUUCUCGUUUGCGUCAUAUUGCAGAUGCAGAAAAUUUAUCUAUUACUAAUGAGACAUUGGAUCAUUUACUGUCACUUUGUCAUGGUGAUUUACGGCAAGGCAUCACAAUGUUACAAUGUGUUCAUCAGUUAAUUCUAUCCGUUGAUGAUUCCGAUGUUGGUUGUCGUUCUUCGAUUACCUCAAAAGAAUUAGAUGAGGCUGCAGCUGUUGUUCCUAGUGAUUUAAUUAAAAGUCUUAUUAAAACAUCAGAAAAUGGUAGUUUCGAUGAUUUACAAAUCAUUAUCAAAAAUUUAUUAUUGGAAGGUUAUUCAGCACAUCAGACCACUUAUCAACUGCACGAAUAUAUAAUCAAUGAUGAAAAACUAUCAUGUAGUCAAAAAGCAUCUAUUUUGGAAUCUAUUGCCGUUGCUGAUUCUCGACUAAUUGAUGGAGCUGAUGAAUAUUUACAACUUUUAGCCGUCGGAGGGACUCUACUUAAAACUAUGCAAUCAAAUUAAAAGAUGUAUUUAUUCUUAUAUAAUGCUCUUUUUCUUUAAAAAAAAUCUAACAAGUACUGUAUGAUGAAUAAAUAUUUUUGAU